CACACACACACACAAUAUGUUGGCCAAAGCUAAUUCAGUAUCUCUGCAUCAUCUGUCUGAUCUACCUAUAGGGAAGGCAGACGUAUAAGAGGCCAGACAUGGUGUUUAUAGCUAAACCGUCUCAACUUCUCUGAGAAACCAACAUAAAGAAGAUGUCUGACGCUCUGUGUAUUGUGGGUUCGUUGUUUGGAUCUGCAGAAGGACAGCAAGACUGUGGUUCCUGUUACCUUAUAAACAUGGGGUCUGUAGUGGCCAUUAUUGCCUCUGACAUUAUCUUGACCGUCUUCAUCACUAUUUCUGUGUUCUGCUUUGCGACUCACCACAACAGAAGGAGAGAAUGGGAUUCCCAUGAUGGUAGAAGAAACCCACCGUCAUCAGUAUCAAAGAAAAUGGCAACAGAGGUCACAGAAUCUCCCUACCAGGAGUUACAUGGAGUCCAAUCAGAUGUGUACAGUGACCUUCAGCAUUUUAGGAAAUGAAACAACAGAGCUAUAAAAAUCCCCAAAAUGUCUUGUCUGUAAUUAUUUUAAAGUUAUGCCCAGAUAGUAUCGCACACUUCUCUACACACUUGUUUUUUGCCACUUCUACUUCUCCAGCAUUAUAGGUAAUAACAUACAGUGUAUAUAUGUGUGUUUUACAUGUAACUGAUAUAUAUUUUAGUCACAGAGUAUUGUUGUGCUGAAUUUGAAGCUUUCUACAUCACACUAUUGUUUUUGUAAAUCUUAAGCUGUCUGAAAACAUGUAUUUUUAUUUAAUUGUAAAUUAAACUACAUUUUAAAACCAA